UUUCCAACUAUAAAAGCCAAAAACCCUGUUUCAGCUGAGCCGAGUCAUCUCACAUUCCUCCCUCAGUCUCGCGCCUCUUCAAGAUCCACAAAAACCCUAGAAAGCGCCAAACAUCCCAUUGGAAAAGGGAGGUCAGUGAAAGGCCAUCAACUACCAAAAAACAAAGUUCAUAUAAAUAUAAAUAUUUUGCGAUUCAAAUCUAAAAGCUCAGGCACCAAAUUGGCAAUGGCAUCUACUGAACAACAAGUCCCAUCUGGAAUUGCAGCUCCUACGGCUGAUGUUGUGGGUAAUGCCUUUGUUCAUCAAUACUACCUUAUAUUACACCAAUCCCCUGCACUGGUUCACCGAUUUUACCAUGAUAACAGCAAACUCGGUCGCCCUGAAGAAGAUGGCGGCAUGAGUAUCACAACAACCAUGCAAGCCAUCAAUGAGAAGAUACUCUCACUUGGUUAUGGAGAAUUUCUGGCUGAGAUAACAACUGUAGAUGCACAAGACUCACACAAUGGUGGAGUAAUUGUUCUUGUGACUGGGCAUUUAACUGGAAAGGACAAAGUAAAGCGGAAAUUCACUCAGAGUUUCUUUUUGGCACCUCAAGACAAGGGCUAUUUUGUUUUAAAUGAUGUAUUUAGAUACAUUGAUGAAGCCAAACAUCAAAGUGGAAGCCAGGAACUAGUUAGUAAUAUUGAAGCUUCUCUUAUUACCGAGAAUGAUCCUUCUGCUCCUGAGAAUCACAUUGUUGAGCAACUGGCUGCAACGCCUGAAGAAGCUAAUGGGCCAGAAGUGUAUAACCCUUCUGAAAAUGGAGAUGCUUCUAUUGAAGAAGAGGAAGUACCAGUGGCUGAGGUUGUAGAUGAAAUUCCUGAUGAUUCGCAAAUGUUUGAUGAUUCCAACUCCAAAAUUGAGGAAGUGCCAAAGAAAUCAUAUGCGUCUAUUGUGAAGUUUAUGAAGGAGAACGCAGUUCCUUUAUCCACCCCUACGCAUUCCCUUGUGAAGUCUGCAGUUAAGAGCCAUGACCAACCAGGAACUGUGGCACCACCUAUUUCUCCGGCCCCAGUGUCUGAUGCACAGAUAUCCAACAACAGUAUUACAGAAAAUGGGACCAAUCAAGAUGUGGAAGCUGAGGGCCCCUCCAUUUAUGUCAAAGGUCUGCCCCUGCAUGCCACACCUAGCAUGCUGGAGAACGAGUUUAAGAAGUUUGGACCUAUUAAGAACGGUGGUAUUCAAGUUCGAAGUCAGAAGGGAUUCUGUUUUGGUUUUGUGGAGUUUGAACUUGCAAGUUCUGCUCAAAGUGCCAUAGAGGCUUCACCUAUAAAUAUUGGUGGGCGUAAUGCAAUUGUUGAAGAAAAGCGGUCUACCUCUCGAGGGAACAAAGGACGGUCUUCUGGUUCAGGGGCUGGAUACAGAAAUGAUGGAGCAAGAGGGAGGGUAAACUAUGGUGGUGGUGGCAGGGGCUACAGCCGGGGUGAGUUUGGAAACAGGAGCAACAACCGAGGAGGGUAUUCCAACCGCAGAGGUGAUGGAUAUCAAAGGGGUGACAUGGGGAGUAAUGGCGGCAGCCGCAUGAACCGCUCUGGUGGACUAGCUGUUAAUGCAGCAGCCAAGAACAUGGCACCAAGGGUAUCUGCCCCUGCUUGAAGACAUUAAUUUGGAAAUUGGUUGGGAGUGAUCAAAGAUAGUUUUUUGGUAUGUAGUGUAGUGAUUUAUUGACAUUGUUGCAAUAUCAUUUAGAAGAAAGCAUUGAAAGCUUAGCAGAGGAAAUUUGGCUGUGAGAUUCAUUUAGGGUUUUCGCUUCCUCAUUAAGCCCAUUUUGUCUUUUGACAAUGUAAUACUGAAAGGUUUUGGGUGGUCGUGGAUUGUAGAUUCAAUUCUUGUUUGUUCACCAUACAAUUUAGUGUUUUAGGCUUCUGGAUAGGGAGCAUUCUAUUUUGGGAAAA